UCCAUCGCUAACGUAUCCACUCCCGCCAGAAAAAACGAAACCAACGGCCGUGGUUGGUCGUCCAAACCUUCUAUCCCCUCCGCCGCAGCGGAUCCCUCUCGAGUCCCGGCUCCGUCUCCUGCCAGCGCGCCACCGCGCCAUGGCCACGCUCCACCCCCACCGCCACCUUCUCCCCCCGCAUCACCGCCCGCUCUCCCUCCGUUCGUCUCCUCCUCGCUUUCGCCUGCCCACGAGGCCGCCGAUGCCCCGCGGCCUGCUCCCACGCGCGGCAGCCAACACCACCGCGGCAGCGUCCGCGCUGCAGGACUUCCGGCGCUGGCUCUCAUCCCACGGCUCGGGCGAGGGAAAGGCUCUUCCGGCCGCCGUGCUGGAGGGCCUUGGUCUCGUGGCGGCGCGGGACCUGCCGCGCGGGGAGGUCGUCGCGGAGGUGCCCAAGAAGCUCUGGAUGGACGCCGACGCCGUCUCGGCAUCCGACAUCGGCCGCGCCUGCGGCGGCAGGGACCUGCGGCCGUGGGUCACCGUCGCGCUGCUCCUGCUCCGUGAGGCUGCGCGCGGGGCAGACUCGCCGUGGGCGCCCUACCUCGCCAUCCUCCCGCGCCAGACCGACUCCACCAUCUUCUGGUCAGAAGAAGAGCUCCUGGAGAUACAAGGAACACAGUUACUGGGCACAACAGUGGGUGUGAAAGAUUAUGUGCAGAGUGAAUUCGAUAGUGUUGAAGCUGAGAUCAUAAGCGCGAACAAAGACCUUUUCCCUGGUACCAUAACAUUUGAUGAUUUCUUAUGGGCAUUUGGAAUACUCAGAUCAAGGGUGUUUCCAGGGCUCGGUGGAGAUAAGCUUGCUCUCAUACCGUUUGCUGAUCUGGUUAAUCACAGUCCUGAUAUUACCUCAGAAGGGUCUAGUUGGGAGAUCAAAGGAAAGGGGCUUUUUGGUAGGGAAGUCAUGUUCUCUUUGCGUACACCAGUGAAUGUUAAAUCUGGAGAACAGAUAUAUAUUCAGUACGACCUGGACAAGAGUAAUUCUGAAUUAGCACUUGACUACGGGUUCGUUGAAUCAAAUCCAUCAAGGGAUUCAUAUACCGUGACUCUGGAGAUAUCUGAAUCUGAUCCAUUUUAUGGAGACAAGCUUGACAUUGCAGAGUUAAACGGCCUGGGAGAGACUGCAUAUUUCGAUAUUGUCCUUGACGAACCCCUUCCUCCUCAAAUGGUUCCUUACCUGCGAUUACUUUGCAUUGGUGGAUCAGAUGCAUUUCUCUUGGAAGCACUCUUUAGGAACUCAGUUUGGGGCCACCUUGAACUGCCAGUGAGUCCUGACAAUGAGGAAUCAAUAUGUCAGGUCAUCCGAGAUGCCUGCAAAUCUGCCCUUGCUGCCUAUCACACCACAGUACAAGAGGACGAAGAACUAUUGGAAAGAGAAAAUUUGCAGCCAAGACUUAAAAUUGCAAUUGGAGUAAGAGCCGGUGAAAAGAAAGUACUACAGCAGAUUGAUGAUAUUUUUAAACAGAGGGAGGAAGAAUUGGAUGGCCUUGAGUACUACCAGGAAAGAAGACUCAAGGAUCUCGGUUUUGUCGGUGACAAUGGUGAAAUUAUUUUUUGGGAAUCGUAGAGAUUGUUUUUUUGUAGCGCUAUUUGUCCUACAGAGCUAAUGAAGAAAUGCCUUCUUAACAC